UGUUGGUUGUCAACCUAAACAAGCGCGAAACGUAAACACGCCGGAGAAUUAUUUUCAACCUGCCGUUAUGCCUGUUUCGUGUGCGGUUAUAAAUUGCAGCAAUCGUGCAAACAGAGACAAGAAGAGUUUUUUCAGAUUCCCUGCUGUAAUCAAUAACAGUGAUGAGAAAACGAGGGAUCUCAGUCAGAAGCGGCGCCGUUUGUGGUUGGCAGCUGUCAACAGGGAAGAUCUCGCAUUCAAGGACACCCGAUACAUGCGUGUGUGCAGCGAUCAUUUUGUCGGCGGUUCUCCAUCAGCCCUGUAUCAGGACACCCAUCCAGGUUGGAUACCUAGUGUGAAACUUGGCUAUGACAAGGGCGACAAAGGCGACAUGGGUUCUCGUUUCUUCCGUCUACAGGGACGCAAGGAGGCGACACGACUCCUUGACCUGCGAUUUGAUGAAGAAGAGCAACAAAGUGAGGCAGAACCGGAUGCUGAACAUGCUGAACCAGUGGAUCAGGACAUUACACCUGAAGAGGAACUUAAAAGUUGCAAGAUUAAAAUUAACAUUCUUAAAUCAGAAAAUGAAUCUUUAAAACACGAGAAUCUUCUACUAAAGAAGAUAGUGCAUAAAAUGAAAGCAAAUAAUACUGAAGAUUUUGAUGGUGAUGAUGAUAAAGUACGAUAUUAUACUGGUCUACCAUCCUUUGUAUCACUACUUGCAUUGUUCAAUCUAGUAUCAUAUGGAAUUAGUCAACCUUCACAUUCAUCACUGAAAAAAUUUCAAAAGCUUAUUAUUACACUAAUGAGACUCCGAUUGAAUUUACCCACUCUUGACCUAAGUUAUAGGUUUGGUGUCAGUAAAGCUACUAUUUCCAGGACAUUUAAUCAGGUGAUGGAUGUCUUGUACAUCAAUUUGAAACGACUUGUAUUCUGGCCUGAUAGAGAAAAAUUAUGGAAAACAAUGCCAAUGAUAUUCAGAAGGUAUUUUGGACGCAGAGUGUCUGUUAUAAUAGAUUGUUUUGAGGUUUUUAUUGAUAGGCCAUCCAAUUUGACAGCUCGAACGCAGACUUGGUCAACGUACAAGCAUCAUAAUACUGUAAAGUAUCUUAUUGGCAUCACUCCCCAAGGUUCUGUAAGUUACAUUUCUGAGGGAUGGGGAGGUCGUGUUAGUGAUAACUAUUUGACAAGUAAUAGUGAUUUCACCAACCAUCUUUUACAUGGUGAUAUAGUAUUAGCAGAUAGAGGCUUUGAUAUACAAGAAAUUAUUGGUUCUUGUGGUGCAGAGUUAAGGAUCCCAGCUUUUACACGAGGUAAACCACAGUUAAGUGGCACUGAAGUUGAGGAGACAAGAAAGAUUGCCAAUGUGAGAAUUCAUGUAGAAAGAGUUAUUGGUAGUGUCCGUCAAAAAUAUAUGAUACUCAGCAGCACUGUUCCCAUUGAUUACCUGAUGACCAAGAGUACUGAUGCUGUUCCACUUCUUGAUAAGAUUGCCCAUGUUUGCUGUGCACUUACCAACAUGUGUCCAUCAGUUGUUCCAUUCCAGUGA